AUGGCUGCUAAUAAAUCAUCCGGACGUCUAGUUUAUUAUCGUGUAUUGGACGUCAAUCAUGCAGGAAUUUCGGAAGUUCUACCAGGUUUGUAUAUCAGUGGAAUUUGUGCUCUGAAACCGUCAACAAUUCAAGAAUACAACAUCACAAUGAUCAUCAAUGCAACCAGUGAGGUACCCAAUUCAGCAUCAUUAGGUUCACUGCCAAGAGUCAAACUUUGGUUAGAAGAUACUCAAGAAUCAUGGGCUCUUUCAUAUUUGGAUUUUGUUUGUGAUAAGAUUUUGAAAGCGAUAACAAGAGGCGGCAAAGUUCUCAUUCACUCGGUGCAAGGUGUAUCACGUUGUUCAACAAUUUGCCUUGCUUUUCUUACUAAAUAUAAAUUUAAAACACUGCAUGAUGCUUAUAUGCAUUUGGCUUCCGUGCGACCAAAAGUGGAACCAAAUAUUGGAUUUUGGCGACAGCUUAUCUCAUUUGAAGAGGAUGUAAAGCGAAGUAUGAGUUCGGUAAAAAUCGUACGAGAUCGAAAGAAUCCAUCCAUUUUGGUACCGGAUGUAUAUCGAAAAUAUAUUUUACGUUGCAAACGAAAGCUAGAACACCAGCAUGGAAAUACUCAAAGCAUUGCGGAAAAAUCAAAACAAGGUGAAACAUCGCAACAACAACAACAACAACAGCAACAAUCUUUGCUUGGCGAAAUGAAUGUAGGAAAAGCAUGUGGUACUGUACCUUUAUCGACAACAAUUACCGAUAUGGAUAAUUGCACCGGCGGUACGAUUGCUGAAGUCAGUGGAAGCACAACCGAAUUGUACCCCUCACAAACAUCCAAUCGGAAGCCGCGUUCUUCCCGUACAAAUUCUUCAUCAAAGAAAUUUCAACCAGUUUUGGAACCUCUUACUGAAGUUGUUUAA